AUGGCAUGCUCGGUUUCAGCACAAACGUUUGUGGCCAUUUCAGAUGUGCACCCAAAUCUUGCUCAUCCUAGUAUAAUUGGUGUGGUGAUUGGGAAAACAGAUGCCAAAGGCUUUCCAGACAGAAAAAACAUUGGAUCAGAAAGGUACACUUUUGGUUUCACCAUUCGUGAUUCGCCAUCUUACUUCAUAAAUGUACAUUCUUGGGGAAGAGAAGACUAUAUUAAAUCACUUUCAGAAAGCUUUAGAGUCGGUGACUGUGUCAUAAUUGAAAAUCCCUUAGUACAGACAAAGGAGGCUGAAAAGGAAGAAAAAUUCAACCCUACCACUCCUAGCUGCUACAAACUACUGCUCAGCGAGAAUCAUUCCGUGGUCAAAAUCUGUUCCCGCUAUGAAGUUGACACCAAACUGCUGUCCCUCUUGAAUCUACCUGUGAAGGACCCUCAAGACUUUUACUCACUGGGGGACAUUGUGGCCAAUGGACAGAGCCUGGAGGGAAGAAUCAUUAAUGUUCUUGCAGCUGUCAAGUCAGUCAGUGAACCAAAAUACUUCACCACUUCGGACAGACGGAAGGGUCACAGAUGUGAAGUAAGGCUGUAUGAUGAAACCGAGUCUUCCUUUGCAAUGACAUGCUGGGACAAUGAAUCUAUCCAGCUUGUACAGAGCUGGAUCCCUCGAGAAACAGUAAUAUUUGCAUCAGAUAUAAGAAUAAACUUUGACAAAUUUAGAAACUGCAUGGUUGCAACUGUAAUCUCAAAAUCCAUCAUCACUACUAAUCCUGAUACACCAGAAGCAAAUACUCUGCUCAGCUUUAUAAGAGAAAGUGCAGAAAUGUUAGAUUUGGAUGAUGAAAUGGGAGAUCAAUUCAGAGAUUCUGUAAAUGUACAGACAAUUGUUGAUGUUUAUACAGUGGAGCAAUUGAAGAUAAAAGCUUUGCAGAAUGAAGGAAAAUCAGAACCUUUCUAUGGCGUUAUUUUUGCCUUCAUUUCUACAUUGAAUAUUGAUAAUGAAACAUCUAAAAUAAUACGAAACAGGUGUAGCAAGUGCCACUAUGUGGUCAAUGAAAGAACAAACACAUGCUCUUUCUGCAGCAGCAUGCUUCCCUCCUCAGAUGCCAUACCAGUCUUUGCCAGCUUUGAUUUACUAGUUGAUCUGACAGACCACACAGGCACUCUUCAAUCUUGCUUCCUCUCAGACACAGUGGCUGAAGAAGCUUUAGGUUACACGGUCCAGGAGUUUCAGGCUCUGACAGAGGCUCAAAAAACAGCCCUAAAAUGGCACCUUCUUCUAGAACGAAGCAAAAUUUAUUUUAAAGUUAUUAUUUCAACCAGUUCACGAACCGGACUGAGAGUGAGUCUGCUUUCUUGCAAACUAGCAGAUCCUGUGGAGGCCACUCAGAACCUGCCUGGAAAGGGAGAAGAGCUACCUUGCCUAGCUUCAAAACAGCUGGAAGGAGUCUAAGUUGUUGUAAUAUGGGGAAGUAACAUCUUCAAGGGGGGGAAAUUGUAUCAUUAUUGCAAAGAUGCUAAAAAGUGUGCUUUAGCACUCAAUGUUUUGGAAGUGUGUUAUUGUUUAAGGAAGAAUUUACAUUCAUCCAGCCUUCGCCAACCUGGUGUCCUCUGGAGAGUACCAGGCUGGCACAGGCUGCCUUAGUCUAACUCAGAGAGCUAUUUAUACUUUCUACAUUCCCCCUAAAAUGGGGGAAGCAAAGUUUUGUUCCAUAUAUAAUACAUCUGAGAAAAAUAUACAUAUGUAGUUAUUUAAUUUUGUUCUGCAAAAAUAGUUCUUUUAAUUUCAAAUUAUCAUAAAAAAGCAGGAAUAUUAACGUUGAAUUCUGUAGUGACAGCUGGCAUAGUGUUAACAGCUCACAGCAUGAACUGCAAGAUGGGAAUCCCUGGUUUCAAAUGUCAGCUAAGCCAUGAAUUUGCUGGGUUGGCUGACAUAGGCCACUUUCUCUCUCUCAGACCUCCCCCACCCACCCCCAAAUCUGCAUUAAGGGGAUGAUGAUAAUAACAACCAAACUUACAGGUCUGUAGUGAGGAUUUCAAACAAUGUAGAUGAACUACUUUG